AUGCCUCCCGACGCUCGCAUCACAGAAUUCCGUCACCUCGCGUCCUACAACUGGAUCGAGUCUCCAACGCCCACCAUCGCCGUCCCAGGCAGUCCUGCCAAAUGUUCACCACCCAACGGUCCCAUCCAGGUGAAAAAGGGUACGGGAUACUUUUACGCGGCGCAAAACGUUGACCUUCGAUCGGUCGACGUCGUGACGGACCGGAACAAUAUUCGAAAUCUGCUCUCUUUUGUCGACCAAGACACCUCAAGGGAUGGGGUCGAGGAAUUCGUCAUCAAAGUCGAACUCAUUGGCGAGACGGCUCUUUUCUCCCGCGAGGGGGAAGAGUAUCGCUUUGGUGGUCUCAAGUUUCUCGUCAGAAAUGAGGUGGAUGGUUAUGUCUCCCCAGUGGCGAUGGAGGGAGUAGCUGUACCGUCAGAGCAAUGCCGGGAGGUUAAUACCCGAGUCGCCCACAAGACCCUGCAGAUGGAAGGUAUCAUGCCACAAUUUUGGGCAUCGCAAACCACCAAAAUUGUGAGAGCUUACCACACUAGUGGCCUUUUCCAGCCUCCUGUCGUUGAAGAUGUGACCAAAAGUAUGAAGCGGUGGGAGCAAUAUAACGAAGGCACUCUAAAAAAACUAGCGGCGGUGAUUGCGAAGAUACUUGAUGUUGCCAAACGCUCUGAUGGCCCUGUCCAGGUCAAAUGCAGCGCAGCAUGGCAUCAACUUGUUUUGUCCAAGACCGACUCAAGGAAGAUGCUGCCAGACGAUUUGUAUUCGAAGUGGAACCCGAUAACAGAGACGGAAGAUUCGGCCCCAGUCAAGACUCCAGGCAUGGCAAUGGUACCAUCACGGUCAUCAUAGGAGGGAAGUCUUAUCUCGUUUACCCAAACACCAUUCCCCAUUUCAAAUAUCUGGUGGCUACGUGGUCACCGGGGUUAGAGAAAACAUCAUUUAUCCAUGCCGGCAUCCCCUUUUUCGAAACAAUCAAUUAUAGCGUUCAAAAUGGACUCCGGAACCUCUUCAGGCGCAUGCCACAUCAACUUCGGGACUACCGUACCUUUUGCGAGACACUUGAUAGCCUUGGCAUUGAUGCUUUUCAGGGUCUCAAUCUCAGAGAUAUCAUCAAACUGCUCAAAGUGGAAUCAGACGACUACGGCCCAGGUACACGACGGGUAAUCAAGAGCAGCAAGACGGGUGCCUGAGGAUCACGCAAGUCCCCCUGGGCUGAAGCUG